ACGUUAGCCGUCGGUCUGGUGGACGUGUGCCGUGUGGGGCCGUAGGCGGGAAGCAGCGCCCAGGUUCUAUUGUCUGUGAUUGCCUGCGGGGUUUGGUCCGGAGCCCUCCGUAGCUGUCCCGGGGGUAGCCAAGCAGAGGCCACCCCACCCGUCCCUUCUGCCCCCGGCCCGGGGAGGGACCGAGCCCGCGUCACGCCCCUCAAGCGCUCGCCGUUCCCCGUCUAUUGGUUGCGUCCGCCUUGUGUUCCCCGGAAUCAGACGGUACCCCAUAGAUGGCCAGCUUUUCCCCGAGGGUCAACGAGAAAAAGAUCGUGAGAUCACGUACUAUAGGCGAACUUUUAGCUCCAGCAGCGCCUUUUGACAAGAAAUGUGGUGGUGAGAACUGGACUGUUGCUUUUGCUCCAGAUGGUUCGUACUUUGCUUGGUCACAAGGACAUCGUACAGUAAAGCUUGUUCCUUGGUCCCAGUGCCUGAAGAACUUUCUCCUGCAUGGCACCAAGAAUGUUACCAAUCCAAGCAGUGUAAGAUUGUCAAGACAAAAUAGUGAUGGUAGUCAGAAAAACAAGCCUCGUGAGCAUAUUAUAGACUGUGGAGAUAUAGCCUGGAGUCUUGCUUUUGGGUCUUCAGUUCCAGAAAAACAGAGUCGCUGUGUAAACAUAGAAUGGCAUCGGUUCAGAUUUGGGCAAGAUCAGCUACUCCUUGCUACAGGGUUAAGCAAUGGACGUAUCAAGAUAUGGGAUGUAUAUACAGGAAAACUCCUCCUUAACUUGGUUGAUCAUACUGAAGUGGUCAGAGAUUUAACUUUUGCUCCAGAUGGGAGCUUAAUCUUAGUGUCAGCUUCGAGAGACAAAACUUUCAGAGUGUGGGACCUGAAAGAUGAUGGAAACAUAAUGAAAGUGUUGAGGGGACAUCAGAACUGGGUGUACAACUGUGCAUUUUCUCCGGACUCUUCUAUGCUGUGUUCAGUUGGAGCCAGUAAAGCAGUUUUUCUUUGGAAUAUGGAUACAUAUACCAUGAUACGGAAACUAGAAGGACAUUACCAUGAUGUUGUAGCUUGUGAUUUUUUUCCUGAUGGAGCAUUGCUGGCUACGGCAUCUUAUGAUACUCGAGUGUAUAUCUGGGAUCCUUAUAUUGGAGAAAUUCUGAUGGAAUUUGGGCACCUGUUUCCCCCUCCCACUCCAAUAUUUGCUGGAGGAGCAAAUGACCGAUGGGUGCGAUCUGUGUCUUUUAGUCAUGAUGGACUGCAUAUUGCAAGCCUUGCUGAUGACAAAAUGGUGAGGUUCUGGCGAAUUGAUGAAGAUCAUCCAGUUCAAGUUGCCCCUUUGAACAAUGGUCUUUGUUGUGCCUUUUCUACUGAUGGCAGUGUUUUAGCUGCUGGGACACAGGAUGGAAGUGUGUAUUUCUGGGCCACUCCCAGGCAGGUCCCUAGCCUUCAACAUUUGUGUCGCAUGUCAGCCCGAAGAGUGAUGUCCACUCAUGAAGUCCAGGAGCUGCCCAUUCCUCUCAAAGUUCUGGAGUUUCUCUCCUAUCAGAGUUAGAGACUCUGCCUUCCCUACUCCAGGGCCUGGCAAAGUACACUUUACGCCAACCUCAAGCUUUACUUCAGUAUCUGUUUUGGUGCAUUUUUGUACUGCAUUUUGAUGAGUUUAAAAUAUUAUUUAUAGGGGACCGAUUUCUGAACAUAUCAAAUAUAAAUUUUUAAAGGUAUAACUGUGAAAACUUGUAUGCAUACAUGUACGUAUUUAGAUGUAAGCUACUGCGAGUGGAGUGGACUCUGGCUUUUCUUAUUUCUAGUUCUGAUUGUGGAUACAGUGCUUCAGUAGAGCCACAGUGCGUGGCUUUGCUCCCUGCAAGGGAGAAGUUUU